GGUAAUUCGCGCCGAAAACAAAACGAUGGAUGCAAAAAUGUAUUGACUGUAAUAUUUGUGUUUGCUUGUGCGAUUUCUUUGUUUUAAUGGAUGAAAAGCGCUAUUUAAAGCGCAAGGAGAAGGCGCGCACUGAUGGAAAUCGCGAGCAACUGGCAGUCAGCUGCAAUCAACUGGGCGACUUUUACUAUCAACUGGGCAAGUACAAUGAGGCGGCCAAAGAAUAUAAACAAGAGGCAACCAUAUACACCAGCAUGGGCAAGGAGCUGGAGACGGCGAAGGCGAAGCGCAUGCUGGGCGAAAUGUUCACAUUGCUUUGUGAAUACGAUGCUGCCAAGGAUCAUAUCAAUGAUUACUUAAAAAUUGCCAAAAGACUGCAAAACAAAGUGGAACAACAACGUGCUUAUGCAACGUUAGGACGUGUCCAUCUCCUGCACGGACAGAACCUGUCCGAGACCUCAGCUUCCGGUGCUAUGGACCAGUUAAAGCUAGCGGAAAAGAGUUUUCUGCGCAGUCUUUUGCUUAUCAAAGAGCUUUCAGGUCAAAUUUCGAAACUGGAGCAAUUGGAUAUGCAAGCGCGUUGUUACCUGAAUAUUGGCGUUGUGAAAGAGCAUAUGGAAGAGUUCGAGGCCUCAAUUGAAUACAUUGAUAAAGCCAUCAAAAUCAGCAAAACUCACGAUUUGUUCGAGCUGACCCACUUGUGCUAUAUUUCGAUGAGUUUGCUUUACAAUUGCAAGAAGAACGACGCGGCGUCUGCGUUACGCUACUGUAAUAUGGCACAGGAAGUUGCCAAGCGUUUGCCUAAUAAAGUGAAAAAGAUCUGUGAGACGCUUAUAACCAAAUCAGAGAUACUAAUCAAAGCUGGAGAUUUUGCAAGCGUCAAGCAAAUACUGACGAAAGCGUAUAAGAAGCAUUCCCCCGAUGAGAAUGAUCGCGCCACUAUUGAGCGCUCAUUGCGCGUUGUUGUCAAGAUAUGUCAAACCCUUGAUGAGCUGGUACUGACAAGCUCUGUAAACUAUGCUAAACUGAAAGAUUUGUACGAAAAACUUGGCGAUGGCUGUUGCCAUCUGUUGAACUAUGAGAAGGCCAUCGAUUACUACCAGAAAAUGCUGGAAAAUGCUGAGCUAAACGAGGAGCGGGGCAAGAGCUUGGUGCCUAUCUAUGUGAGCCUCUAUCAGACGUACAAGGAUAAUAAGCAGUACGAUAAGGCUUUGGAGUAUUUGUGGAAAGAGUUUGAGCUUAAUCAGGAUACACCCGUCGAGGCAUUUACGACGCUUUGCAGCAUUGCAGAGAUUUGUGAGCAGCAGGCGCAGCCAUUCUGGACUGUCCAUGAUGUGUAUCAAACAGCGCUGAGACAGGCAGCCAAAGCAGAUGAAUCGUCGGCCGCAAAGCUAGAGAAGAUUGCCUUAGUGCGCUUACAUAAGCUUCAGCUAAAGCAUAAAAUGACAGUGCUGGCUGAAAAUUUGGAGGCUGAGGCUAAAGUCAAGGGUAUCAAUCUGGCUGAGGAGGCAGCAAAACUGGACGAGGAUGAGGAUGCGGAUAGCGAAACGGCUGCAGCUUUGCAGCAGAACACACCUGACUGGGGUGAUGAUGUGGACUUAGAUGCACUCACUGAUUCCGAUGCUAGCGAUCUCGAUGAGACUGACAAACCACGUCCACAGCGUAUUACACGCGGCAAUCGCACACUCACUAUUAAGCGCAACAACAAGGGGGAAACUCAGCUGCACCAGGCCUGCAUAGCAGGCAACCUGGAGCUGGCACGCCGUCUCAUCGAACAGGGCCACACGGUGAAUGUGCGUGAUCAUGCUGGCUGGUUGCCUCUACACGAGGCUUGCAAUCAUGGCUAUCGUGAUAUUGUGGAAUUACUGCUGGAUAAGGGAGCCACAGUGGCGAUCAAUGACAAGGGCGGAACUAGCUGUGAUGGCAUUACACCGCUCUACGAUGCCUGUGCCAAUGGAUAUCUGGAUGUAGCCGAGCUACUAUUGGAGCGAGGAGCCGAUGCAACUGUACGCACAGACUACAACGAGACCUGUAUUGAGGGCUUGGACAAAUGGCGGAAGUCCAAGCAACUGAUCGAUGGCGAACAGGCGCAGUAUGCCCAGCUGCGAGAAACGCUUUUACGAACACUCUCCAAAGUGGGUAUUUGCAGCAUGCGGCAAGCACGUCCCUUGACCAAUGCGAAUGCUCAGCCAACAUCCAGUGCAUCAGCUUCAUCGGAAGCUGAGGAGGAGGAAGAUCUUGAGAUGGCACCGCGCCUCAGACGCUCCUUUAACAUGCACAAUCGUUCAGGGGGUUCAGUGAGCAGUCCGCGUCAAUCAACAAGCGCUAGCAAGGAAUAUCGCAACGUGAUGGCCCAGCUGAAGCGGCCAAAUCGCACACCCGACACUUACGAUGAGCCUAGUAGCAGCACGAGCUUCAAUGCCAAGCAGAAGCGUGCAGCACUUUUGGAUAAUGAUGAAGUAGACGCGGAUAAUUGGUUGAUCGAUGAUGUAGGACCAGAGCGGAAGCGCAAGCGGUACAAUUCCGGCAGCAUUGGCAGUCGUGCAAUUAGCUCAAAAGAGAAUCUGCAGGAUUCCGCGCUGGCUUGGGAUACGGAUUUCCAGGCCACACCCCCAGAGCAGGACGCCCAUCAACUGCUACUCGAGGCAGCCAAUUCGAAGCAGCGCCAGAAACAAAUGCGUAAACUAACGCUCUCCCGCUCCUCCAGCAUGAACAGCAAUCACAGCAGCGGCAAUUCCAAGUCUAAGCAGCAGGCAUCGCUGCUGGACAGCGGCUUUUGUCGCUUUCGCAGUGAAAGUCCAUUGGGUAGUGGCGAGGAUUCCAUGGAUGGUGCUUCUGUAAUUAGCUUGCGCACACAUACGGAACCGGAUUCCACAACGCCUAGUGCACAAAAUGCUGGCAUUCAGCUACUUAUCUCGCCCUCUAAAACAGCUUCGCCCAUCAAAGUGCAGGCAACGCCUGUGCUGGCCACCACAGUCUCUUUCAAAGUCAAAGUGCAGGACGAGCUGCUGCUAGUGCCCAUUGAGCGCAAGAAACUGCAGGAUAUUAACAUGCGUUGGCUGGCCGAAGAGGCAGGACGGCGUUACAAUAAAUUAACUGGACUUACGCCUUUAUUGCGUCUCAAGACAUCAGAUGGAUUUUCCUACGAGGAGGCGGAUUCAGUAAGCGUUGCUCUUGAGCAGAAUAUGCUAUUGUCCACAAUUCUAGAUUGGAAAAUCUCACCACUAUCUCAACGAUAUGAGGAAAUGUGCCAUCAAUUGCAGAAAGUUGUAGAUGAUAAGAUAAAGCUGCGGUUAGAACGCUCACAAAAUACACAAACACUUGAGCUGUCGAGUCUUUGGCUACGAUACACUCAAACGGAGCCACUGUUCAAGGCAUUGCUGCACCAGGCGCGUCUCACAGUGCUUGAUUUAUCCUUCAAUUUCAUUGGCAACGAGGGCUGUCAGCAGUUGGCCAAGGCGUUGCCUACAUUAUUGCAAUUGAAAACGUUGCGACUAAAGUGCAAUGGCAUCAGUAAUCUAGGUCUCGAGGCUCUGCUUUGCGGCCAGGACAUCGAAAAGCUGGAAAACUUAGAGGAGCUGCAGCUCAGUCAGAAUCCGUUGGGAAAUGCCAGUCUGCGAACUUUGCAUAAAUUUUGUGCUAGUCAAGCUGGACGCUCGUUGACAGCGUUGGAACUUUCACAAUGUGAAGUGACAGAGCUGCAGGACUUUGAUCUGGCCUACACUCAAUUGACCAGCUUCGACAUUAGUUUCAAUCAACUAACGCUGCAGAGCGUGCGUCGAUUAACCGAUCUGUUGAAUAGCUGCCGCUUGGAGCACCUAAAUCUGAGCUACGUGCGAUGGCCCUUGGAUGAACAGAGCGGCUUUGCGCUCGGUGAGCGUUUGGUUUCGCUGCUCGAGAGCGGCACAAGUGAGAGAUUUGUGCGAUUGGAGCUUGCUGGCUGCGGGUUGAACGAUGCGCAUAUUUACAAGAUAACACAACAGCUGGCCAAGGCACAGCAUCUGGAUUGGUUGGACAUUAGUGACAAUGAGCGCUUAAGUGGAGCUGCAUUGGAAUAUGUGCUAGAUGACCUGCCUCAUCUUCGCGUUCUCUUGGCCACGAAUUGUAUACGUUUAGUAGACGAUCUUCGCUUACAGAAGUUGGAGGAACAGAAGCAGCUGCCUAAGCGCAUGGACCUCAGCAUCGAUGAGCAGGCAUUCUCAUUGCCAGGUGCUUUGGCCACGUUGGUGGCCAUUUGGCGAUUAAAAUGGGGUGAUAAUGCCAAAACGUUGACUCCGAAGCGCAGAAAGGAUGUACUGAGACUGUAUUUGGACGAAAGUGAUCUGCAUUGGUGCCCUGGAUGAAGUCACUGUGAAGUCUUUUGUUAUUUGUGUUUAAAGUCUCUU